CAUCGGAACAGCUGUUCGUCGCACGCCUUCCUCGCUCCCCGAUUCGUUCCGUAAGUUUGUUUACGUUCGCCGGUCGAUCAACCAGUGUCGGUGAAUCAACGGACGCGUCUGGAGAACUGUGAUAACCGGUAGUUAUUCCACCACGUGGUCGCGCUCAAUUCAAUUUUAAUAGCUCCCUCGUUUUCCAAAGUUUCCAAUGGCCAAUAUUAAUUACGCUCGGCACUCCAGCUGCUUUUUGAAGUUGACAAUUUCCACGACGAACCCCCUGUCGUUCGCCAACAAGACCGUCGCGAGGAAAUUUUCCGGCUUCAACUCGGGAUCCCUGUCCGCGGCGAGUCGGUUGCUCAGAACGGAAUGCUCGCUGACUUCCUCCAAAAAAUUCAACUCCUCCUACAAAGUGCUCUCCUCGCAUUACGGUGAUGUGGAAGUUCCCAACGUGUCCCUGCCCCAGCAAGUUUUCGCUGAUGUUGGGCAAUGGAAAGAAAAGCCUAUGAUCACUUGCGGCGCAACCGGACGCUCAUACAAAUAUGGCGAAGGACGUGUUCUGUGCCAAAACUUUGCCAAGUCGCUACUGACAAAGGUGGGUCUGAAGCCAGGUGAAGUUGUUGGUAUCCUCAUGCCCAAUAUCCCUGAGUAUGUCAUCGCCAUCCACGGAGCCUUGGAAGCAGGACUUACAGUUACCGUUGUCAACCCUCUCUACACUGUCGGUGAAAUAAAACGGCAGUUCGAAAAUGCCGAAGUUUCUUGCGUCAUCACCAUUGAACAGUUCGUGCCUUUGGCUCAAGGGGCAGUGGAAGGACUUAAAGGGUACAAAGGACACAUUGUUGUUGGCGGUGACUCCGCUCCCGAAAAGAAAGUCUUUGGCCUUAAAGAGCUCAUAAUGGAAGGAUUUUCACUCGACACACCACUGCCAAAAGUUUCCGCUGAUGAUAUAGCCCUUUUGCCGUACUCAAGUGGGACAACUGGAAUGCCCAAGGGAGUCAAAUUAACCCACAAAAAUUGCGCAGUCAAUUUAGAGCAGUGCAAGCACCCUGAUUUUGUCAACCAUACACCAACAUCAGAAACGGAACAAGAAAGAGUAUUGAGUGUCCUGCCUUUCUUUCACACAUACGGGUUUAAUGGUAUUUUGAACACAGCACUCAUGUAUGGUAUGCACAUGAUAACCAUUCCAAAAUUUACGCCUGAAGCAUAUAUCGAAUGUGUCCUCAAGUAUAAGCCAACCAUUCUUUUUGUAGUGCCGUCCUUACUCUUAUUCUUAGCUUCACAUCCUGCUGUCACGGCAGAAACUUUAUCAUCAAUCAAAGAAGUAACUAGUGGUGCUGCUCCAGGACCAAAAAGUUUAAUAGAUAAAUUCAAGUACAAAUUAGGAAGAGAUAAUGUUAGUAUUAGACAAGGUUAUGGAAUGUCUGAAACCUCUCCUUGCACAACCUUAACACCUUGGAAUUUACCUGCCAGUAAAUUGGGUUCCGUAGGUCAAUUAGUUAAAGGAACACAAGCUAGAAUUGUUAGUUUAACAACAAAGGAAGAUUUAGAUGCUCAUCAGUCAGGAGAGCUGUACGUCAGAGGACCUCAGGUUAUGGCUGGAUACCUGAAGAAUGAUGAGGCCACAAAAGAAACGAUCGAUGUAGAGGGAUGGCUGCACACGGGUGAUGUUGCUUACUACGAUGAAGAUCACUACUUUUUCAUCGUUGACAGGACAAAGGAACUCAUCAAAGUCAAAGGAAAUCAGGUCUCACCUACGGAGCUUGAAAGUAUUAUCAUGCAAAUCCAAGGAGUCGCGGACGCAGCUGUUGUAGGAAUCCCUGACAUAUUAUCUGGUGAAAUUCCACGGGCUUUUGUUGUUCGUCGGCCGGGUUCUACUGUCACCGAGGAAGACAUAAUCCAACACGUCGAGCCCAAAGUUGCAGCCUACAAGAAACUUGCUGGAGGCGUUAGAUUUUUAGAUAUGAUCCCACGCAACCCUGCAGGAAAAGUCCUUAGAAAUGAGCUGAAAGUUUUCGGCAACAAGGAAAAAGCAUAAGUUUUAAGAUAAGGCCCUAAGAAUAUAAAUAGCAAUCAAUAAAUUUCAUCAACUUAUAGCUUUUAUUUUUAUUAUUUUCCAAACUUUUUAUACAGAAACUAUGUUGUUUAAGUGAUAUGAACAAGAUCUAUGCUCAAGUCAGUCCUAAUGCCAGAUAAACAAAAAUGAUCAAGGAAUAAUACUCUGCCAGUGUGUUCACUUAAAUAUGAAUCGUUGGUUGCAGCAAUUUCAUCUACAUUUGCGUCGAAGAUUUUUCUUUCGGUCGGAAGCCUUCUCUUCGAUCCCUAUAGAUUCCAUCCAAAUGUUUAAUACGUAGCUUUUCAAAAUUUGGGAAAGGUUUGAGCACAGGCCUGAUUCAAAUCAGUUUUUUACUGUAGCUGUUGUUAGAAUUUUUUACUUUCCGUCUACCUAAAUGUUAUUGCAAGAAUGUGAUCUUUUGAGGUACAUGCCAAAUGAAUCUCAAGUUUAUUUAGGUCAUUAUUAAAUUCAUCCUAAUAAUUAGAAAUCUCUUUCAGAAGAUAAGGAAAGAAAAUAUAAGAUAUGAUAAGAAAUAGAUAUUGGUUUUUAGUAUGUUAAGACAAGGCUGAAAUCAUUGGACGUUGCAACAUUGUUAAAAAGAGUGCCAUAUUAAUUUGAUUAAAAUCCCAUUUUAGAUUUAAUAGAUUACAUUAUUUACAUCUAAUGAAAGUUUUAUUCUUACAAGUAUUUAAUCAGCGGAUAUGUUUGUUAUUUUUUAUUUUGUAAAUGCCAUGAACCGUAAGUAAGUACCUGAGGGUGUUUUUGUAAGGCAAGUGCCUAUUAUCAGCAAGCUGAUUACCUACUGUGUUUUAUUUUUUUGUGUAAGGCAAGUACCUAUUUUCAGCAAGCUGAUUACUCUGUUUUUUUUUUGCUGUUUCCCGCGCUUAAGAAUUUUAUAUGAAUUAAUUUUAAAAACAAAUUGAAUGGGAAUGAAUACCAGGAGUAUAAUACAUUUAGUUUUUGCCAAAUUUUCUUUCCUAUUUUAAAGCACCUGCAGUUUGAAUUUAAUCAAUUUUAAAUGUAUGAACAAACUCUAGAAUUUAAAUUUUAUGAAUCUAUUAUGUAAUAUUUUUUUAGUAAUGUUUUCAACAGAGUAUGGAAGUUAACCACUCUCUUUAAUUCUAUUCUAAAGACAUCUCAAUGCGUUUCAUCAUUGUACAGCCACCUGGCAAAAAUUGGUUAUGAAAACUUUGUCACAACACUACAGCCAAAAUUAACGUUGCAGCUAUUUUAUCACAAGAGAAACUGAAAGAUUGCGGGUGUUCUUAAAUUAUUUCCAUUCUAUAUUCUCUCUGUAUAUUUUGUUUUGCUUUUUAGCUUGAUUUGUCCUUGUUCGGUUUUUUAUGUGUAGGCUAAAAAUUUAAAAAAAAAAAAAAAUUAGGGCAAAACCGCUUUGUACAUAAAGCAUGAUUUACCACUUUUAAAGUGUAGUUUGGUAAAUCAUUCGCUGAUAGCUUUUAACUUAUUCGAUUAAAACGUGUUCAGUAAGUUUAGAAUCCUGUUGUCUAAUCGAGUUAAAUUAUAUUUUUUUCAUACUCUACUUUCUACUUUAAAGUCUUAAACCAAAAUCCUGUUUAUCGAUUCUCUCAUGAUAUAUUUUAAGGUAAAUCAAUGUUCCUGUAUGUUUGCUUUAUUUUAUAAUUUGAAACUCUCCGUUAAUUGCAAGCACCAAUGAUAUUUAAUAGUUCGGUAACUUUGCCAUCUUGAUUGAAGUGAACAGAAGCAAGCUUUUUAUUACUUUUAAGUUUUCAAGCUACAGUUAAUCGCUCUUCAAAUAUGUUAUGAUUUUGUCGCCUACUUGAAAAUGUAUGAUAUCAUUUAUCAAUGGCCCAUGGCUAGAGAGUGAACUCCUAAUCACAUUUUUUGUUAUUGCACAUCUUUUUGUAAAUUCAGGAUCUCCACGUUAUCUAUUAUCUGAACUUUACAUGUGGAAUGGGCUUUGCAAAAAGUAAGAAAUUGGUAUCAUUACCUGUAAUUGACUCUUUCAGUUACCUGUGAUAAAAAUUUAUGUAAAAUCGUGUCUCAAAGACCUAUUUGCCCCCUUUUGAUCUACUUUUUAAGAAAAUUUCCUUUUUUUCCCCCGCUCUUUUUUUACAUGAAUUUUGGAUUUGAAUAGCUGUGAUUCCCUAUCAUGAGGGUUAUUUCAAAACGUUUUUACUGACCAUGACCGGCAACUUGUGGAGAAAAAGUGCAAUGAGGAAAUACUACUGUAUACAUGUAAAACUGCCAAACCAUUCAUUCAUUACUCUUUACCCUUAUCCCGUAAUUUUACAAUGUUCAAUUUUGAAUAUCGAUAAUAUCCCUUGUUGUUUGUCAUUUUUAAACUUUUUACUGUUACCCCCUAGAUUUACAGUUUUCAAAGAGUUAAGACUGAAUAUUGAAUAAAAUCUAUUAAUUGAUUCUAAAGUUGUGUUUCAUCAUUGAAUUUGUAUCAAUUGAGUUUUAUUGAUGGUUGAUUCACUUUUUUAAGCAACCGUAUUAAAGCUGGUUUCAAUGCAAGCAUCAAAUCUUACCCGUGGCAGGAGGAAAAUAGGUAUGGACAUUGAAUCGACUUGUGCAACCUCUAUCAACUUGUGCUACUCUUAUGCACAGAUCUGAAUGGAGAGCCAGAGGCUAUGUCAGUGCGUUAGCGGGAAAAGAUCCGACUGCUAUUGCUGUGUUACAGCCCGCAGGCUUUUCUUCCGAUGAUGGUCUGAUGCAGCUUUUACGUCCAUAUCUGUUUUCCUCUAUAAUGAAUCUCAUCAACCAAAAUCAGCGAGGUCCUCUGCUACAUAUUAUAAUUCAUAAUUUGAUCAUGAGACUCAAGUCCUCGUUUAAAGGUUACAUAUUAAAAUACAAAUUUUUGCAAGAAAGGCAGAUUUAUUACCUAGUGAAUAGACAAAAAUUGGUAAAACAGCUCAAUGAUUUAUACAUUUUUUGGUCAAAAUUGGUAUAGUCGGAGUAAGUAGGUAAUAUGUUUAGAGAUGAGUGUCAACACCUCAGCAUAUUUUUCCCUUACAUUUUUCGAUUUCCAUUUUUAACUCUAGUUUCAGUCAAUCCAGUCCUUAUUUUCAACUUUUUCACUUUAUCCCUAUACAAUCUUCAAUAAUGUCCCAUAAAAUUAAUUACUAGACUUGCAACUGAUACCUACAUAGAUUAUAGCCAACCAAUCACGCGUAGCCUUGUUGUCUCACCACCCGUGACGUCAGCAAGACUAUAUAAGCGUGGGUUGCCUAAAAAGUGAAGUCUUUUACCAUCUUGACGACCCACGACCCGUGUAGUCUCUCUCUAGGGUCUUUUACCAUCCCUAUGACCCACGAACGUGUAAACUCUCUCUCUGGUCUUUUAACAUCCUUAUGACCCACGACCCGUGUAUAUCUCUCUCAUCGGUUUUAUUCUAUCAAAAGUGCAACUCUUUAUUUCAACUUUAACGCUGUAAAACUUCGUGACAUUCAAUUUGUGAAAUCUGUGAUAUGUGCCUUCAUGACGCCAAUACAACUUAUUUCGUCUGAA